GUGACUCAAAAACAUUGGCAUAUUCACAACGAAACGCAAGCGUAACAUUUAUUCAACCGACUUUGAUAGAACAAAGCAGAUUAUUAUGUAAGAUUGGAGAGAAAUGUCAGAUUUUAAUGUACACAUCUUUCGCCUCUAUCCGGCCUGCUUGUUUAGGGACGUCCAAUGUUUCUUCUGGCAGUUUUACAGGGUGUGAUAAAGAUGAUAAAGAUAAUGACGAAGGUGACCCUGACAGCAGUGCAAAAACUACUGACCCUUGUUGCGAAGACAUCAUUUCCUCGAGUUCGGAUGUCACUGUAUACCAGGCCCAUCCACGUGGACCUAGUUGUGUUACGGAAGCGUCAUUUACAUUUGCAAGUGCUGGUGAGAAGGAUAUAUGUUUCCAGUCAGCGAAAACUGAUUCUCAGCAAUUAUGUUACAAAAUAGACGUGUAUAAUUCAACAUCAGAUCCAUGUUCUAGUUCACCAUGUUUAAACGAUGGCCACUGCUUUCACGACAAUCACAACAAUUUCAAAUGUAUUUGUGCUGAUAAUUACACUGGUGAUAGAUGUGAGAAAGGACCCUGUCAACCGGCAGACAACCACUGCCAGAACGGGGCUUACUGCCAAACAUAUGAUGGAGUUGCUACCUGUAUAUGUAGAGCAGGAUAUUUUGGGCACACCUGUAAUCAAGAUCCUUCCAGCUUACAUAAAUCAUCCGCUGAGUUUACAGACACAGCAAAACCGUUGGUGUUACCUUGUGUUUUAUAUCGAACAUGCAGCAUUGCCUUGCUUCUAACUGGUCCAUCUGGCUACAUACCAACAGUUUUUCCAGGAUAUGUUGAUAUGUCAGUAUUAUUGGAGGAGAUAGAGACAGUGGAAAGAACGCCAGUACAAAACAGUUUUCAGACUAAUAUUAAGAUAAAACCUUUGAAGCCCGGUGUUAAAGAUAUGUGUAUUCAUACAUUGAACAAAUCUGGGGUAAAUACAGACGAGCUUUGCUUUAAGGUGGACGUAAUAUCGGAUGUAAUCUCGAUUUACGGAUUUAAGGAUCGUCCACAUUUCAUGGAACCUAGUAUGCCUACCAAUACUGAGGUUGAGUGUCUGGCUGAAGGUCCCUGUCACGUACUUUAUCACGUUCUACCAGGUACCGGAAAUGAAAACGAAUGUGUGACAUUCAACCCUCAUCCACCAGAUGGUUUUGUAAACUAUCACCUGUUUUCUUCAUGUGACAACUGUAACCCUGGUGAUCCUAGUAACGGUAACUGCACUGUCGACUUAUCCAUUGUGAACAGCAACGUUGACAUAAGCGCUGUACGACGUUUCUGCUUAUCUGUUGACUUGAAAGGGACAUCAGAUGAGGGAGAAAUGCGAUGUUUCAAUAUUACAGUGAAAGAUCCAAGUACGGUUGUAAAGGCAGGCUGCCAGAUUCUCGAAUGCACGAAUGGAGGCUUCUGUGAUGGUCAUGAUCCAAGCCGGCCUGUAUGCUUCUGUCCAAAGGGAUUUUCAGGAACUAGUUGCGAAAAAGCUGAAGUUCUUAGUUCCAUGACUAGUGCACAAACUCAGACGUUUAUUGGAGAUUUAGCGCUGCCGACAAAGUUGAAAUGCGUUGUAAACAAGUCCUGUUCUAUACCGUUCCAAAUAGUUUCAAAACCAGGAAUAACGCCGACUGUUUCUCUUGGAUAUAACGACCUUCGUCUUGUUGUUGAAGCGCCAUCGUUGAAAGCGCUUGGCAGUGCCAGUACAGUGUUUGAAGGUUAUACAGUAGCUACGCCUACUGCAGCUGGGGAUUUCACAUUGUGUUUGCAAAUAAAGUUUAACAGUAAAACCGAGGACGAAAUGUGCGUCAUGGUUGAAGUGAUAAGCAAAGCUAUUGAAAAGACAGACCAGAGAAAACCAUAUUUUCUUUCUCCAACAAUUACAACUGAUUCAACUGUUUUGUGUGUGGUCAACAAAGCUUGCCAUUUUGAUAUGCAUUUCUCCGCUGGAGAUAACUUUGGAUUUGUUGGAAGAUGCCCAGCUUUGACUGAAACAAGCCGCAGUCCAGUUCCCGGCGUACAUAUUUUUGAUAGUGAAAAACAAACCAGGGAAUGUAUUACAGAUGUGUCUUACGUUCCUCCAGCAGUCGGCGGCGAGCAUAUACUGUGUCUUCAACUAGCAUUACCGGGGAAAAAGGGUGAGAAAAUAUGCUACACAAUCAAAGUAGUGAACGACACCAAGAAGGAAGUUAUAUCACCGUGCCGCGGAGUCACGUGUGAGAAUGGUGGGAAAUGUUUGGCUGAUUUUCUGACAACACCUCCAAAAACAUCUUGUCUCUGCAAGUCUGGUUUCACAGGCAACGAAUGUAAAACAGACAUUGACGACUGCGCAACUAAUCCUUGCAAAAACGGCGCAACUUGUGUUGAUCAGGUCAACGAUUAUAAGUGCCACUGUUACACUGGUUACACCGGUCUUGGUUGUGAAACUGAUAUUGACGACUGCGCAACCCAGCCUUGCAAAAACGGCGCAACUUGUGUUGAUCAGGUAAACGAUUAUAAGUGCCGCUGUUACAUUGGUUACACCGGCCAUGAUUGUGAAACUGUACAGCACACGCUGAAUGGACCAAAAGAAACACAUUUGAAAGUACCUGUCGGUAGUGAACUAACGUUAAACUGCACUAUGUCUGGACUGCAUACACCUACACUGUAUUGGACAAAAGUGAAUGGUUGCUGGUUCAAAAAUAAAAAUAUCAAAGAGUCAGUGUACCGCCAACCACAUGCGUCGAUAGGGGACUCUGGAACAUAUAUUUGCGCUGCUUCGGAUGGUUCUGGUCCUAAUAACACCAGAUAUUUCCGUGUGGACAUCACAGCUUUACAGAAAGAGGAAGUGUGUGAUUUCGAUGAUAGAACAUUGUGUGGCUGGGAACAACAGAAGAAUGACAAUUAUGACUGGACUUUUCAGAAAGGUCCUACAUUGUCUGCUGGUACAGGACCUGAAGUUGAUCAUACAUUAGGAACAGUAAAGGGAAUGUACAUAUAUAUGGAAGCGUCAGCACCAAGAAAAUUUAGGGAAUAUGCCAGUAUUUUGUCGCCUGUCCUACCGGCAAACAGGACGAUGUGUUUCGAGUUUUGGUAUUAUAUGUUUGGCGACGGAUCUGGACGAUUAUUCGUAUUUUUACAGGACACGUGUACAAAAAUGGAAACACGGGUGUUUAAGGAGGCAGGGGACAAGGGGGCACAAUGGAAUAAAGCUUCUGUUACGAUAGCAAGACAUUCUGUUCCAAAUGAUUACCGAAUCGUCCUCAUGGCCGACGUCGGACCAACAUACCGUGGAGACACGGCAGUGGAUGACUUAAUCAUAAAUGAUGGACCAUGCCAAGGAAGUCACGGAGCACCUAUUGUCGGUUAGAGACGACUAUGGCAAAUAUUUUACUUCAAGUUUUGAUAUAUUAAUCAGGAGUUUCAAUUAGUAUAGGUGACCUAUGGAUUUGUUUCAUAUUGUUAUUCGAUAAAAUGUAUCCUUACACACAUGCAUUUUAAUUCGUUACUUCUCAGCGAGUUAUAACAUGCUAGAAAUGUAUACACUGCCAGUGUGUGAUUUAAACACGUGAAUUCAUUUUAGUAAACACCUGAAUAUAUAAGGGCAGGUUCAAUGAAAGUAUAGAAUAACAACAUCAGUAAACACCACCUUACAUGAUUGAAUGGAUUCUGUUGCCAACAAGACACAAAGUCAUGUAUUUUGUCGAACGAAAUCAUCUGUUUUGAAAUUUGAUUACAGAAGAGAGCAAAGUAAGACAUAACUUAAAAUGUCGUAAAAGAUGUAACUUACUUUCUUAAAAGAGACAUAACAUGAUUGCUUGUCAUAAAAGAUGUACUGCUUGUCAUAAAAGAUGCGACUUGAUUGCUUGUCAUAAAAGAUGUAACUUUAUUUAAAAGUUAUAAUUGUAAUAUAUUGCAGAUAUAUCAGUCUGUGUGGUUUUUUUUUGUUUGUUUUUUGUUUGCUUGAUUAAAAUGAUAAAAAAAAGUUUCAGAGAAAAAUCUAAGCUUUGAAUGUAUAAAGAAUUAAAAAGUAUGUUAGUUGCUUUUAUUCUUCAUGGAGUCGAGGCCAACAUAGUUCAAAAGGAAAAUCGCAAACCCAUGGAUCAUUUGUUUGAUCCAUUGGCGAGACUU